AUGGCUUCGCAUGAUGCUCUUACCAGGGCUACGCAUUGGAUCUGUCCCGACUGCCGAGAAGAGGUGUCCGUCAAGGCCAACCAGUGUGCGGGAUGCGGAGGGUGGCGACCGAGGCACGGGGAGCUCAUCAACAAUGGCCAGGCCCCGGACGACCUGCUGGUCUACAGCCCCUGUGGUGCUCAAUCGCCGUCCUCCCCUGGCCUGGACAGAGAUGAGCAGAUGGGCGAGGAGCCCCAGGCGUCACCGCCCCCGGCGGCUGCAGCCACACCGCAGCCCCCACCACCCAUGCCGAUGCCGGAGCCAAAGUCGGUGUACCUGGCCAAGAAAGGCCUCGGAAAAGGCAAGGGCAUGGGCGCUCCGCCUGAAGGACCGUUGCCCCACACCUCUGCCACUCUCAAGAGCUACAGCCUGUUUGCGACCCUCCACAUGGACCCGCUCCAAAGAAGGCCAGGGCCCUAG